AUGGCCGAUACUUCUAUCUCUCAGGCCCAACCUGUCACAGUUAGCCUGCAGGACCUUAUCUCAGGAACUAUUCCUUUCGAGAAAUUGACCGAAGCCUUUGGGCCUUCAUCUCUGGGGAUUAUCGUCGUGAAGGACUUGCCUUCCGAUUUUGAACAUCUAAGAGCCCAAGUUCUUUCCAAUUCAUCCUAUCUAGCCGCCUUGUCCCAGGACGAAUUAGAAAAGUUGGAAAGCCCCCAGUCAAAAUACCUCGUUGGUUGGUCCUGUGGUAAGGAGACGCUGCGGUCUGGCCACUUUGAUACUUUGAAAGGCUCGUACUACGUCAAUUGCGCAUUCUAUCAGAAUAAAGAGUUGCAAAGUGCACCAGCACAUGAUUUUCCAGAUUUCCCGCAAUAUACAGCGCCGAAUAUAUGGCCACCAACGGAGAAGCUGCCUUCAUUCCGCAGCAGCGUGGAAGAAUUGUGCUCCCUGAUCAUCAACACUGCAGGUCUAGUUGCUCGAGCCUGUGAUCAAUAUGCUCUAGCCAAUAUCGAUGGUUACCAGGACGGCUAUCUUGAACAUGUAGUCAAGACGAGUCUAACUACUAAGGCUCGUCUGCUGCACUACUUUCCGGCAGACUCCGCUUCGUCUGAAACCAACCAAGAAACCAAUGAAGACGACUGGUGCGCAACCCACGUUGACCACGGGUGUCUCACAGGGCUCACAUCAGCCAUGUUCAUUGACGAGUCCCUUCAUCAACCAUCCUCCACCGAUCCUACAACCCCGCUCCCCGAACUCCCCACUUCUCCAGACCCCAAAGCCGGUCUGUAUAUCCGCUCACGUACCGGAGAAGUCUUCAAGGUCAACAUUCCAAAGGAAUGUCUCGCUUUUCAAACUGGUGAGGCCCUUGAGCUAAUCACUAGAGGGAAAUUCCGGGCUGUGCCUCAUUUUGUCCGUGGAGCUAAGACUACCCAUGGAAAAAUUGCGAGGAAUACCUUGGCUGUUUUCACCCAGCCGAAUCUCAACGAGGAAGUCCAGCCAGGCAAAACAUUUGCAGAUUUCGCGAAGGAGGUUGUUGAUAGAACUUAUUAA